UCAGGUUGCAAUGAUAAAUUGUUGGAAAAUUUCCCAAUUAAUGAGUUGACAGAAAUCUAGAGCAUUGUUCGGUAAACCAACGACAGUUUCACAGUGAACAAUUUGUAUGUACAGCACUUGGAUUGGGCAGGGGGUUGCACUCGUGUUCCGACAAAACGUAGCGAGUCUGCGUAUUCUAGCGAUGCAACUGACGAUGACAAUUGCGAUUUACUUUUUUAAAAGUUUUUUCAAACAAGUUUGUCUGGUUUUUGCGUUAUGUUUCUGCCCUGUUGCACUUAAAGGCUGCCUGAAUCGAUAUCAGGUGCUACUUACCGUCACACGGCAACGUAUGGGGCUUCCUGUUCAUCUGCGCUGACGGGCCAGCGCAGAUUCAAUGCCAUUUUUGUGUGUGUGUUCACAUUGUGAAAUAAUGGCAAAGGCGAAACACAAGACAUGGCUUCAUUGUUCUGCGUUUUGUUCAUUUAUUGUUCAUGGCAUUCGUUAGAGCCGUGUGAUUAUAAUCCACCAACAAUGGGAAAAUGAAAUCGACAACGUUUGCUGUAUAUGUGCUAUGGGAAUACGCGGUUCAGUUGCAACUAGAACUACUGUGUGUAUACCGCCAAGACUUCGGACUUGGCCAUGUUCCAGGAAUGCUAAUCUCCCCCGUGUAGCUGAAAAGAGACCAACGGAAGGUAAUCGAAAGGGACCCACAUUUCUUCAUGCAUGUACGACAUAGAGCUCUUGGGUCUUUCUCAUUUUGUCGUUGUAAGUCGAUAGUUUGUUCUCACCAGAUCUUGCCGCUGUGCGUCAGUGAUUGUGUAGCCAAUAGCGAGCUAUUCUACUUUUGUAUAUCUUGUCAGCAUGUCAGAGGUACCCCAUCGGUUCGUCGAGAGCAUUCGGAUGGUGUCUCGUCUUGUGGAAAAGUCUUUGUCAACCGAAUGGAUUUUAGAGAACGUGGAGCGUUUCGAAUCGCGCGUAACGGGCCUGACGUUCGAGUCGCCCGUUUUCGGUCUGAAACGGGGCGGAUACCAGUGGCAGCUCGUCAUGAAUCUGAGAGACGUUUGCAGCUCAUCGCUGUCACUACAGUUGAUAUCGUCCGUGUCUAACCGGGCUUGCGUUGCCUAUCGUUUCGGCAUUGUCAACUUGGAUGGCGACUUCGAAUACGAAGAUCAUGGACAGAUGAACUUUGAACUGGAUGUGCCCCGACAGAACCCCACCAUCCUUUUCAGUUGGAAUCAACUCAAGGAGAAGAAGCAGAAACUCUUUGUCAACGAUCAGUUGCGUAUCAAAUGUCAGAUCACGUUGCUCGAUUACGAAAACGUUGUCGUCUGAAGAAAACUUUGGACGUGUGUGUCAUUUAGUGUAUAAAGAACGUUGUAACAGCCUUGACAGCUCGAGUUGGUUUACUUUGAAGUGGCCGCCAGUUAAUCGGUUAUUUUUGCA